AUGGUCGCUGAAACGACGGUGAGAGUAAAUAUUGACAUCGGAGAAUUACCUGGGAUUCAUUUUAACAAUGAUUUAAUUGUAACGUUCGUACAAAGAAGUGGGGCACUGGAUGGUAAAAUAAAAAUUGGCGACAAAAUUUUGAAUGUUAAUGAACAUCCGGUGGAGGAUCGUAAUACUUUAGAACGCAUCUUACUGAAGCAUCACAUACAUAGAAUCACAGUGAUAAGAGAUGCAGCCCGUGAAGAGCAAAUAAUACAAGAGCAACAAGUACCAAAUGACAAGAAUAUCGCAAGACGUGAUGGCUUCAUUUAUCUUCUUCUUACGAUGGAACAACGCAAAACUGCCGUUCGUUUGGGUUUAACAGUGAAGAACGGUGAGCCAGGCAGUGUUUACGUGUCGAAAAUAUUGAAUGGUUCGUUGGCUGCCGAGAAACUACAAGUUGGUGAUCGAAUUCUUGAACUUGAUGGCAAUGUUAUAUCAGAAAAGGAGGCUGCCAAGAAAGCUUUUCUUAAGGCACUUACAUCACCCUCCGGAUCUAUUUCAAUUAUCGUCGAACGAGCCGAUUCAGCUGUAGCGCGUGGUAUAGUGGCUGAUGCUUUGGUACCCGAUUCACCGCACUCAAAUAGGGAAAAAGCCAAUUAA